CCUUCCCUCCUCGCACUCUCUCCAUCGAAACUGUCCUAAUGUAGAAUCUCUCUCUCGUUUCUCCCGAAAUUUUGAACAACCAAAAAAAAAAAAGCAAAGAAAAGACCAAAGAAAACCCUAAUCAAUCCGAGAAGCGAACAACAAUAUUAAUGGCGUCGAACUCCAAUCUCAAAUCUUCAGUUUCAAGAAAGCUUCUUCAUUUGCUUGGAGACUUCAAUUACACUCCCGAUAGCAUCCGAGUCCUCACUGAGUACGUUAUUGUGCUUGUUUCUAAUGGCAAAUGCCAGUCUGAAGCAAAAGCUGAGUUGGAACCGUUUCUUGGUGAUGCUACCACCGAGUUUGUAUCCUGGCUAUGGGACAGUUUAUCAGAAACUUCCAAUGAUUCAAAUGCGAAUAUGAGCUCCUCGGAUUUGGAGAACAUCACUGGUGCAAGUUCCACUGAGGCUAAUGAUGCUUCUGCCAAUAAAUCUGGGUCAGGAUCAGUUACUAAGAGUCAUUGCCAGUUUCCGGUCUUUUCUAACACUUUGGAUGAGGAAACUAAUGAGUAUGCUUCGGCAUUUUGUUGCAAAUCUAACGAAAACUUUAGAGCAUUUGAGAAUAAUCAAGAUGGGUCCCUAAAUGGCAGUUCAUUUAAAACGAAGCCCUUCGCUGAAAUCCUGCUUCCUCCUCUUGAGCAACAUGUGCAAUACAAGAAGAUUCAUCAGAGAAGGCCGCCUUUCAAGCAUUUUCAGGAGACCAAUGUUGGUGGGAGAAGGCUCUUUUCCAGGGCAGCUGGUGCCAUAUUUCUUCAGAAGGGAAUCAAAGGAAUCACACGUGGUAAUGUUUGGGAUAGAUUAGGAAAGCUGACUGAAAAUGACAAUUCUGUGAAGGUUAAAGUAAAUGAAGGUGAAAAUAUCAAGAGGCAAACGUUGGAACAGAAUUCGCCAGGGCUUGGCCAAAAUACAUUGAUGCCUUCUGUUCAAGAUGGCCAAGUCAACCAAAAUCUGUCACAAAACUGGAAUGUGAAAACUUAUAGAAGCAAUGGUGGUCAAAAGAGGAAAUUAAAUGAUCUCAUUCCUAUUUCUUCUAGCACUUCAGAUUCUCUGGAUCAUGAAGAAGAAAACUCCAGAAAAUUUACAAGACAUCCUGAAAAUUACACUUAUAUGCUUGAAGAGAAUGGCGCUUCAUGUAAAUCAGAAAAGUCAAAAAGUUACAGUAAAUGCUGCAAAUUCACUUUUGAUGCAUCAGUAUGCCCCAGACCAGAAAAAAUAUCUCAAGAGAAGCUAAGCGUGGAAGCUCUAGAGUCUACUCAGACACUGAAUUCAGAUAGUGCUUUUCCAGCAGCAACUGGAGGAAUUGGGCCUGUCCAAGCUCAACUGGUUGAUAUGAAAUUAAGAUUACGUCAACUUGAAACAGAAAUUUCCAAGCUACAAUCAAAACCGGUUAACGAGAAUGGGUAUCAUGCCUUAUCCUCUGGCUUUGGUUCAUUUGAUCUGCUUAAAGAAGAGGUUGAGUCAAGGACUGUGUUUGUGACAAAUGUUCAUGUUGCGGCCACUCAAGAUGCUUUGAGAUCUUACUUUGCCAGGUGCGGGGCCAUUAUCAGAGUUGUUAAGUUGACUGACAUAUCAACAACCAAACAAAAAUUGUCUGCAUACAUUACCUUUACCUCCAAGGAGGUCAGCAGACAAGGCAUUGGCAUUGAAUGGGACAAAUUUCUUUUCCAGGAUCAUAUGGGUUAGUAAGAAAAUUUAGUUGUACUUCAUUGCUGAUGCUUGGUAUUGGAGAGGCUAAUAUAGUACUCUAUUGUUAUUCUAAAUUUGGUCAUGUUGGUAACUUUUUGAAGCACUGGGAACCUGAAAAGCCUGUUCUUUAUUAUGAAAAACAGUGCACUGAGUUUGGAACAAGAUUGGAACUUGUUCCUGUCCGCUAGAAUAUAAAUGCAUUUUGGCCAUGCAUUGGAUUGUAAACAUGUCCAUAGAAAAAUGAAUCAGUUUUGGGAAAUGUCCACAUAGAUGAGAUUACCCUCGCAUGUCUCUGUACCUUUUUUAUAACAGUUAACAAUUAUGGGUGAUGAGGGAAUGGAAUCCAGCUCAAAGAGUUAGAGGAUACAUGCACUUAGCAUUCAGCCAAGAACCAGAUAUCUCAAUGUGGUUAAGAGUUAGGGAAGAGGCAGUGAUCACAUAUAUA